AUGAAGGGCAUAUCCUCACUAAUAAACAGAAAAAAGGGUAGGAGCGACUUGAACGUAGAUAAGAUCGAGGACGGAAUUAAUGGUACGGAUCUCAACUCGAUAGAGAUGCAGGAGGUAGGUAAGAAAUCCGACUUCGAUCUUUCCCAUAUUGAGUAUGGCCAAGAUUCACGAGGACUAAAAGAUAAUCAUGAGGAAGUGCCAGAUCUUCUCGAUGAAGCUAUGCAGGAUGCGAAAGAGGCAGAUGAAAGUGAGAGGGAUAUGCCGCUUUUGACGGCUUUAAAAACAUAUCCCAAAGCUGCUGCUUGGUCGCUGUUAGUCUCUACAACGCUGAUUCAAGAGGGUUAUGAUACCGCCAUUCUUGGAUCGUUCUAUGCUUUGCCUAUUUUCCAGAAGAAAUACGGUUCUCUAAAUAGUAAGACGGGAGAAUAUGAAAUUUCAGUUUCUUGGCAGAUUGGUUUAUGUUUGUGUUACAUGGCAGGUGAGAUUGUCGGUUUACAAAUGACUGGUCCUUUAGUGGAUCAUAUGGGUAAUCGAUAUACUUUGAUUUUGGCGUUGUUCUUUUUGGCUGCUUUCAUUUUUAUUCUGUAUUUUUGCAAAAGUUUGGGCAUGAUUGCCACAGGUCAGGCAUUGUGUGGUAUACCUUGGGGUUGUUUCCAAUGUUUGACUGUCUCAUAUGCUUCCGAAAUCUGUCCUUUGGCACUAAGAUACUACCUGACAACUUAUUCGAAUUUGUGUUGGACUUUUGGCCAACUUUUUGCUGCCGGUAUCAUGAAGAAUUCCCAGAACAAAUAUGCUAACUCAGAAUUGGGAUAUAAGCUACCAUUUGCUUUACAAUGGAUCUGGCCUCUUCCCCUGGCAAUAGGGAUUUUCCUCGCACCCGAAUCUCCAUGGUGGUUGAUCAAGAAAGGAAGAAUGGAACAGGCGAAGAGAUCGCUUGAAAGGACAUUGAGUGGUAAGGGUCCCGAGAAAGAAUUGCUGGUAAGUAUGGAACUAGAUAAAAUCAAAACGACUAUAGAAAAGGAGCAAAAAAUGUCAAAUGAGGGAACUUACUGGGAUUGUGUGAAGGACGGUAUCAAUCGGAGGAGAACGAGAAUUGCAUGCUUAUGUUGGAUUGGUCAAACAUCCUGUGGUGCAUCACUGAUUGGUUACUCAACUUAUUUCUACGAAAAAGCUGGUGUUAGUACCGAUACAGCUUUCACUUUUAGUAUUAUUCAGUACUGUCUUGGUAUCGCUGCAACGUUCAUAUCCUGGUGGGCUUCGAAAUAUUAUGGUAGAUUUGACCUUUAUACGGUUGGAUUGGCUUUUCAAGGCAUUAUGUUCUUCAUUAUCGGCGGUUUGGGAUGCUCGGAUACUCACGGUGCCAAAAUGGGAAGUGGUGCUCUUUUAAUGGUUGUUGCCUUCUUCUACAACUUGGGUAUUGCGCCUGUCGUUUUCUGCUUAGUUUCUGAAAUACCGUCUUCUAGGCUAAGAACCAAAACAAUCAUUUUGGCUCGUAAUGCUUAUAACGUGAUAAGUAUUGUGGUUACAGUUUUGAUCAUGUACCAAUUAAAUUCAGAGAAAUGGAACUGGGGUGCGAAGUCAGGGUUUUUCUGGGGAAGCUUCUGUCUCGUUACUUUGGCUUGGGCGGUUGUUGACCUACCCGAAACUGCGGGUAGAACCUUUAUGGAAAUAAACGAAUUAUUUAGACUUGGUGUUCCAGCAAGGAAGUUCAAGUCUACUAAAGUGGACCCAUUUGCGGUGGCUAAAGCGGCUGCUGCAGAAGCAGCCCUUAGAGAUCCCAAGGAGGAUAUGGAAACUUCCAUUGUGGAAGAAGGGCAAAGUAUGCCAUCCGUUAUAAACAAAUGA